AUGGGCGUCGGAAACAAGCGCACCCUCACCAAGACGCGGCGGCACACGCGCGAUCUCGACCAGAUCAAGGCCGACCUCCUGUCACCGAAACACCUCGACCAAUUCCAGAAGACCAAGGCGAAGGAGGACUUGCCGGGUUUGGGGAAAUGGUACUGCGUCGAGUGCGCCAAGUAUUUCGAGAGCGAAGUGAACAUGGUCUUCCACAAGAAAGGAAAGCCGCACAAGAGAAGAGCGAAGCAGCUUCUCGAAGAACCCUUCACACAGAAGGAGGCCGAGGCUGCCGUGGGUAUCGGCUUGGGUACCCAGCAAUCAACCAAUACUGCCGGCGGCGAAGUCGUCAUGGCUACCUGA